AUUAUUAAGGCCAUUGUGUAAUGGCGAAACAGUAUGGUCUUUGCCUAUGCCCUUAGUCGGUUCCAUGUGGUGAUCCUUCUUGUCGGCACAGAGGACUUUUGUAUAUGCUUGUCGGAUACGAGAGUUGACAGCACUGGGUGCUUGGUGCUUUGCUGUUUGUCAGUUUUUUCCUUUGAAAAUACGAUCAUCUGUGUGUGUAGCGACUAGCGACUGAGACAAUGAGUGGCAUAUAGAGGUUAUGUUUUAUUAUUACCAGAAGUUUUAAGAAAAUAUUUAAAACAUGAAUGUGUUUAGUAGUUUUUGUUCUUUAGGAUGGAAAUUCGGUCUUUCAAAAUGUUUUCACACUUCUGCAUCAACUAUGGCAUGGUCAAAAUCUAAGCUACCAAAAUCAUUUAUAGAGCAUAAUAAAAAAAUAUACCCACCUCAAGAAAUAGGUGAAGAACCAAGACCUGCUUUUAUUUGCCAUCAGAAAACAAACCUGAAAUAUAGUCCAGAAAAACUAUGGUAUAUUGCAUGUUUAGUACGAGGAAUGACUGUAGAUGAAGCUGUGAAACAAUUGAGUUUUGUAAACAAAAAGGGUGCAGCUUUUGUCAGAGAAGCAAUACUUGAAGCUCAAGAUCUAGCUGUCAAUGCUCACCAUGUUGAAUUCAAAAGUAAUCUAUGGAUAGCUGAAUCAUUUUCUGGAAAAGGCCCCACUAUCAAAGGUAUCAGAAGACAUGCGCGGGGAAGGCUGGGAGAAGUACGUUACCAGUACUGCCACUACUUUGUAAGGUUGGAGGAGGGCAAACCCCCACAAGAUUAUUACAAACAAAAUCCUUUGACACCUCAACAACAACUCGAUAAAUGGUUAGAGCAAAUGAGGAAGAGAAAGAUUAUAAACUCAUAUUAAUUGUAUCAUAUAUUUUAUUUUAUUAUUAAAGUGUAUAAAAUAGUCUUAGUCAUGAAUAUUCUUUUAUUUUUUGCCUAGUUAUUUUUUUUAGUUCAACAGUAGUAUUAAAGAAAUAUGUAUGUGAUAGAGAAUAAUUGAUUUUAAAAAACAAAUAAAAAAGUAAUUAAGUACACAUUAAUCAAAAUCGGUCAAGUCUUUUAUAAGAAUUUCUGCACAUUCAUUUUUCUUUUAAAAAUAUCACUAGUUGUGAAUGUUUUAUUACCCUAUGACAAACUUUAGAAUUAUGCCUUGUAAUAUUCCUAGUUUACAGAUUAAAUAAUAUUGUUUAAUAUAGUAAAAUUGGAAACAGUUUUCCAUGGUCUUUGUGUUACAUAUUGUUCCAGCCAUCAGUAGUGACACAAAAUUAUUCUAUUGUACCUGCUUGAUGAGAUGUUGUACUCUGCCGCAACAA